CGCCAGCUGGCACUGCGGCAGCGCCAGUCGCCUUCCUCGGGUCGUCUGAGCACAGCUGGAAGGAGAGAUGUUCACGGUACUGACCCGCCAACCUUGUGAGCAAGCAGGCCUCAAGGCCCUCUCCCGAAUUUCAGCCAUCAUCGCCUUGGUGGUCUUGCUUUUGAGCAUUGUGGUGCUUGUAGCUGUCACACUCAUCCAGAUUCACCAGAAAGAGGUUCUCCUUCCAGGACUGAAGUAUGGAAUCGUGCUCGAUGCCGGGUCUUCCAGAACCACAGUCUACGUGUAUCAAUGGCCAGCAGAGAAGGAGAAUAAUACUGGAGUAGUCAGUCAAACCUUCAAAUGUAGCGUGAAAGGCUCUGGGAUCUCCAGCUAUGGGGAAAACCCUCAAGAUGCCCCCAAAGCCUUUGAGGACUGCAUGCAAAAAGUCAAGGGGCACAUUCCAGCCCACCUCCAUGGAUCCACCUGCAUUUACCUGGGGGCCACAGCUGGGAUGCGCUUGCUGAGGUUGCAAAACGAAACAGCAGCUAAUGAAGUCCUUGCGAGCAUCCAAAACUACUUCGAGUCUCAGCCCUUUGAUUUUAGGGAUGCUCAAAUCAUUUCUGGGCAAGAGGAAGGGAUUUAUGGAUGGAUCACAGCCAACUAUUUAAUGGGAAAUUUCCUGGAGAAGAGCCUGUGGCAUAUGUGGGUGCAUCCGAAUGGAAAGGAGACCACAGGUGCCCUGGAUUUAGGCGGUGCCUCCACGCAAAUAUCCUUCGCGGUGGAAGAGAAUGUGGGGCUGAACACCAGCGACAUCAUGAAGGUGUCCCUGUAUGGCUAUGAGUACACACUCUACACACAUAGCUUCCAGUGUUAUGGCCGGAAUGAGGCUGAGAAGAGGUUUCUGGCAAUUCUCCUUCAGAAUUAUACCACUGAAACCACAUUUGCCAACCCCUGUUACCCUCGGAAUUACAACACCGCCUUCACUGAGGCACAUGUGUUUGGCAGCCUGUGUACAGAGGACCUGAGACCUGAAAGUUAUGAUCCCAACAACAUCAUCACUUUUGAAGGAACUGGGGACCCAUCACUGUGUAGGGAAAAGGUGGCUUCCCUAUUUAACUUCAGUGCUUGCCAUGACCAAGAAGUCUGUUCCUUCAAUGGGGUAUAUCAGCCAAAAGUUAAAGGGUCAUUUCUGGCUUUUGCAGGAUUCUACUACACAGCCAGUGCUUUCAACCUUUCGGGUAGCUUUUCCCUGCACACCUUCAACUCAAGGACCUGGAAUUUCUGCUCACAGAAUUGGGGUAAGCUUCCACUGCUGCUCCCCCGGUUUGAUGAGGAGUACGCUCGCUCCUACUGCUUCUCAGCCCACUAUAUCUACCACUUGCUUGUAAAUGGAUACAAAUUCACUGAGAAGACCUGGCCCCAAAUACAUUUUAGAAAAGAGGUGGGGAACAGCAGCAUAACCUGGUCUCUUGGCUACAUGCUCAGCCUGACCAACCAGAUCCCAGCCGAAAGUCCCCUGAUUCGCCUGCCCAUCAAGCCGUCUGCCUUUAUGGGCACCCUCGCCUUCUUCACAGCAGUGGCCUUGCUGUGUCUGACAUAUCUUGUGUACCUGUGUGUGUCAUCCAGGAAUCAGAGGCGCUCCCAGCAUGCCUUGGACAACACAGUGGACUCUGAGUGA